UUCUUGCUUCAGAACACGGGGCUCAAGAUCAACUCACAAGAGUCUCAGCAGGACGUAGGAAUGAGGUGCAAGAGACCCAGACUGUAAUAGGUCUUUUAUACGGUGACUUAAACUUUAGCACAGCUAGAGGCAAAGUGCCAAACUAGCAACCCUGGAGUGGUUUACAGAGCAGAGGCAGUUUGUCAACUGAAAGUCACAAAGGAAUGAGACAAUCAACAUAGAAAGAUUUAUUUAAGAAACAGAGAACAGAGAACAGUAGUGUAGAAAUUCAUUUCACCAUCCAUCACCCAGGAAAUCCCAGACUGCAGUUCCACAGCAGUGCUCCAAGUUCAGUUGCUGGAAGGCUGUGUCAAGGUUUUGACAUGUCUCUGAUGGUCUUAUGCUCCCCCACUGCUUUCUCCCAUUCCUUGCCAUUGAUAUCCUCUGUGACAAUGGUCUGCACGGUGCCAUCAUCCAGGCAAUGGGGAGCUAUCCCUGAGGAAAGACAGAGCACAUAGAAACCUGCUUCUCAGGAAAUGAGGGAGAUGCCUGCACCACUCCGUGGAUGGGGCAUCUCAGGGAAUAUAAAUGCUACUGCUGUAAGGCUGAGGAGCCUGGAUGAGAAUCCUGUCCCAGGCACAAGCCCACACAUCACAGCAGCUUGAAACGCGACGCUGGGACAAUGAAGUGUCUGUUCUGUUUCUUUGUGCAAAUGCUGCAACUGUGAAAGAAAAAGCAGACCUUUCUGGAAGCAGUGGACAAGUUGUAGUGCAGCAGUCAGAUCUAGCAGGGACCUCUUGACAACAGAAACUCCACUGACAGUUAGAAUGGCUCCUGGGUGGCUUCACAAAGGUGCUUCUUUGCUAUCCUGCUGAAAUUCCUCACCCCAGAAACCACAAGCUCAAAGGGCUCCGAGGCAGCAGAGAGGACGUGAACAAAGAGCUCCCUCCCUGCACUGCAGCUUGGAUCGGAUCCAAAACACUCACGGGCAGGAGGCAGACUGGAGACAUGCAGACAAGCUUCCCUCCCCCAUGAGGAUGAUUUUGAGCUGCUACACCUGAGAGUGGCCACAGAUCAAUCCUGUAACUAAAUUACACACACAUGUAAGUGACUUUGAACUUCUCUUUACAGCAUGCAGAAAACAUGAUAUUAAUCAUAAGACUGUUAUGUUUUCCAGUAUUUGGUCAAAAUGGGAACAGGUGAACAGAGAAUUUGUAUUUUAGAAAAUGUGCUUGUUUCUGUGGAACACCAUGUUCCUCGUGCUUCCUUUUGCCUUCUGUUUAAGCAGGUUCCAAUCUUUACUCUUUCCUGCCAUGAAUUACUGUGCUUCCUCAUAUAUAAUCUAUAACUAUAAUUAUGAAUAUGAUUGAUAGUAUUAUUAAAUGAAAAAUAAUGUAUUUACUUAAAAUUUUGCUUAGGAGUUUGACUUCUCUCUUCCCAGAUUGAAGGUUUCCACAGAACAUGUCUCUCUUGUCAGGAGGAACUCAGCACCAACAGACACAUUUUCCUCAGUAAAAUAAGUACUGACCAACUGUGAAAUUCCUUCUUGCUCCCACACAUAAAAGCCUCAAAAAGCAAGAGGAUCACAUGCUGCUUUAGUAAAAUUCACGCUGGCAGACAGGUGAAAUUAAAUUGCUGCUUUUAUUCUCCCUACAUGCUGCUCUGUAUGGCUUCCUCCUGAGUCCUCACAGCUCUCAGGAUUUUGGAUUUUGGUGGCCAGAUGCUUGUUGAGCAUCAUCAGCAGUGACACAACCCCAUCACCGACCUCGGAUGCUGUCACUGCCAAGGACACAUUUGGGCAGAUUUUGUGAUUUCUUUCUGCUUUGCUUCUCCCUUCUCUCACAUGGAAGUGCAAGUGUUUCCUCUGAGCACACGUGUGUGCCCAUCCCAGUGUUUGUGUGUGUGUGUGCCCAUCCCAGUGUUCCUGAGCUCCCCAGCAGCUCCAUGGAUCUGUCUGGCUGUGGUGACCUCUCAGCUGGCAGCGAUUCCUUUCCCAGCAAAUUGCACAUUCUCCUCCCUCCGUGUGAGUUAUUAAAACCAGAUGUGCAGAGAGAACUCUGCUGCGAUGCACUUUUGUGGGCUGAUUUCAUUCCUUGGCUGCAACGGUGGGAUGCCUCCAAUGAAAGCUGGGGGACAAGCCCAGGAGGAUUUAAACCCAUUAGUCUGAGCUAAACUCCCGGGCCUGAAUCUCUGUUGAUAUCACAGUAAAUUAGAUGUAACACAACUAAAGCAAACUGAGCUAAAUCAGUGCAAGUCUGGAAUGAGAAAGGGGUAAGAGAGACGAGAUCUUGUCUUGGAUUUAUCUGUUUGUUCUUUGUAGGCUGUUCUGUGGGUCUUAAUGAAUCAUUAAGAAAUCAUCAUGGAAAGAAGAAGCAGCUUUGUGUUGUUCCUGGAUCAGCUUCAUUUUGAAACACAGGAAUCUGAGAAAUAAGCUUGUAAUCUCAUGCAAGACCAUGAGGAGGAAAAGGCACCCUGGCAUUUAAUGGGUGUAUUUAUAGGAAGGUCAUCUCACAGCCUGCAUCUGACUCAAAGUCGAAGCCAUCUGGGAAUGUUUCUAUGGGUGACGACCACAUUCCAGGAAGCGUCACAGCAUCCUGCAGUCCUGUGGGAUGGGGGUUGCUUUAGGCUCUCAUUUGGCUCAUGGCGGGUCUGGAAAAAGAAAGCCACAGCCAGAGUUCAGUGUGUCAUGAUGUGACACCCCUUCUCGAUGUUUUAGGACCAGUGGUUAACUAAACUCUUGGGAUUUACCCUGGAACGUGCCCCUGCUGUCAAGGUGUGGAUUAGAAGAGCUUUUUACCAUUUUGUUGGUUAAUGAGAUUCUCUAGUUGGGCUCUAGACCACAUAAAUGGCUUUGUAAAGCAUCAAGAGUACAGGUGAGAAUCCUUGCAGCAGCAUCCUCUGGGGAAGGCUGUUGAGGCAGUGGGUGCUGGAUGUCAUCCUGUGCUGGUGCUGUGGGAAAUGAUCUUGCUGCCUCCUCGGGGCUGUUCAGAGAGGGAGAGAAAGAACUAAAACACGUGGUGUGGGUUGAUGUCCUCUGUCUCUCAGGGGUCCUGUUUUGUGAGUGGUAAGUGAAGCAGUAUUGGGGUGUGUGCGUGGUCCCAAGAACAGUCAGUUGUAGGGGUGGCCAGUCCGUGCUCCCAGGAGAAGCCUCUCCAAGAUUUGCACACCUUUGGAGAACCAGCCCAUUAAGAAAUGGGCACAAGAGGCAAAUUAAGUGACCAGUGGCCUGAGUGUUUCUGAACUGGGGCUGCUUUGUGCAGUUCCCUGUGCUCGUGAGGAGCAGCUGAUUUUGUAGGGUCACAUUUACACUGUUUAUACUGCCUCGUAACUGGGGGGUGUGAAGUUGUGUGAGGAGAUCUGGCUUCCCACGGGAACAGUUGAGCUCAGCUGUUUCCAGGCACUUUUGCUUGUCCUGGGGCUGACUGAGGGAACCUGUGGCAAACCUCACAACUGCACCACAGGCUCUGGCACUGCCAGGGGCAAAUCCACCUCGUCCCCUGAGCUGUGAGAGGGCUGUGGUUGGGAGCCACGAGGCAUUGGCUCUAUAUGUGCAGGCAGGGGUUAAGCAUUCUGAAUUUGCAAUAGCCAGGCAGCUUUCCCAUAUAAGAGCACUGCACUCAUUGGCUCUCUCUUUUACUGAGAAAUCUAUCUAGUCAUUUCCUGUGCAAGCCCUCCUUCACUUUGCAAAAAGCCAUACAGUUGAGUAAAUAACAGGAAUCUGUGACUAUUCCUUGGAUUCUCUCAUGGACCAGCACCAGCCAGGAGUUCAACGCUGUGCCAUUAGCAGACUGCUAAUAUGAACAUGGUCUUCUCUGCAGAAGAGGAGGACUCUCACCCAUGGAUGUAAAUAAUUUUGAGUCUGCUUUCAUGCUUAUUAACACUUGUUGGUAUUGGACUUGGUUUCUACUGAGAGAUCAUUUACCCUCUGAAGGCUCUGUUGGGACUCCUUGUCAGAUCUGUUCUUGGGUGGAGCUUGCAACAACUUGGGGUAAGUGCUGUGCUCUUCUUGUUCUGACAGCGGGGCUUGGUGCUGCACUUCUCAAAACGGCUUGGUGGGGUCUCAGAAAGAAAUAGCUCAGUUCUUGAGUGGAGAAGUGGAAGCUGAGCUGGCAAGCAGAGAGUGCUCCCUGUGUUUCCCAGGGACGCACCAAGUGGGUGUAGGGUCCUUUUUACGGGACCAUUUUGCUCUUGCUUUUAAACCAGCUGGUCUGUCUGUGCAAGACUGACAAUAAAUAACUCUCCCGAGCGCUGCGGAGAGAUGGAAACUGCAGCUGAGAAAUGAUUUGGGGGAAAGGAAGACAGAAAAGCACAAGCAAACUAUUAUGGAAGUACAAAUAGCCCUCUGAAGGAUCAGCAAACGUACCAGUAAGUGUUCUGGGGAAGGAAGUGAGUCUGAAACAGCAUUAUGGGGUGUUUGCCUGUGAGUGGAGAGGAAUGUUUGUCAUUAGAGCGCAGACUAAACUGAAUGUCUGAAUUAUCAUAAACGUUUGUCUUGAAAUCAGCCCUUGGAUUUCUUGCUGUGAGCCGCAUAAAGAUGCUUUGUGGCUGUUUUCUGCCUAAGAACUGUGUUUCUGCACACCCUGAUCUAAGCCAAAUUGCUUAUGCUGUGUCCAUUUACCUCUUUGCUGGUACAGGCUAUGGAGUCUGGCUGUAGUCCCAGCAAGGGAGAUUUCUCCUCAGAGAAAACCUGUUAACCAUUUGGAGGGAGUGCAUGGGAAGGAGACAGAGUUAUUAACAAAAGCUCCGCCGCAGGUUUAGUCCCCCAGCAGGGAACAUCUUUGUUGACCUGCAAGACCAUCUCUCCUAGAAAUGGAUAACUUCACCAACGGGCAGCCGGGCCCGGGUCAGAGGAACAGGUUCAUAGGAUUGCUAGAAACCGAUGACAGUGUCCAGGAAGAGAAACCUGCACCCAGUAAAAAGGAAGAAAGAUCCGGACCUGGAAAGAAAGGAGAGCCACGACCCUUGGAGACACCUUACCAGAAGGAGAGCAGUGAUUUUGCUCCUAAAAUCAAGGUUAAUCUGAAUUAUCGGCCAGGACUCGUCAGCAACCCAAAGGACCCAAAUCGCUUUGACAGGGACCGUGUGUUCAGCGCAGUCACCAGGGGCACCCCCGAGGCACUGGAUGGUUUGUUCGAGUACUUAAGGAGAACCUCCAAAUUUCUCACGGAUUCUGAAUACACAGAUGCAAAGACUGGGAAGACCUGCUUAAUGAAAGCCCUGUUGAACUUAAAAAAUGGAAAGAAUGACACGAUAGCAGUCUUGCUUCAAAUAGACCAAAAGACACGGAAUCCCAGGCCACUUGUCAAUGUGUCGUGCUCUGACUGCUACUACAGAGGCCAGACAGCACUGCACAUUGCCAUAGAGAAAAGGAGCCUCCCUUUAGUGAAGCUGCUGGUAGAGAAUGGAGCUGAUGUCCAUGCCAGAGCCUACGGGGAAUUCUUCAGGAAGAAGAAAGAAGGAGUUUACUUUUAUUUUGGUGAACUUCCCCUCUCCUUGGCUGCUUGUACCAACCAGCUUGAUGUGGUGGACUAUCUCCUAAACAAUCCCCACCAGAAAGCCAGGCUCCAGGAGCAGGACACACAGGGCAACACAGUCCUCCAUGCCCUGGUGAUGAUUGCAGAUGACACUGAGGAGAACACCAAGUUUGUGAGCACGACGUAUGUUGAGAUCCUGAAGGCAGGUGUGAAGCUUGACCCAACGUGUAAACUGGAGGAGAUAGUGAAUUAUGAUGGGUUAAAUCCUCUGCAGCUCGCUGCCAAGACAGGCAAAGUGGAGAUCUUCAGGCACAUCAUCCAGAGGGAGAUCAAGGACCCCGUGUACCGGCACCUGUCCCGCAAGUUCACGGAGUGGACCUACGGCCCCAUCCACGUGUCCCUCUAUGACCUGUCCUCCUUGGACAGCUUCGAGGAGAACUCUGUGCUGGAGAUCCUGGCCUACAGCAGCGACACCCCGAACCGGUACAAGAUGGUGGUUUUGGAGCCACUGAACAAACUGCUUCAGCAAAAAUGGGAAACUUUUGCUUCCAAGAGAUUCUACUUCAGUUUUGUCUCGUACUUGUCAUUCAUGAUCAUCUUUACAGCCAUAGCCUACUAUCAGCCCUUACGGGUAAAGCCUUCAUUUCCAGUGGAAUUCACAGCUGGAGGCUUCCUGUGGGUCUCUGGACUGAUCAUUAUCUUGUUAGGAGGCAUUUAUCUGAUCUUCGCUCAGAGUCUGUACUUGAGGAGGAGACGCCAGUCCCUGAAGACCAUGUGCUCUGACAGCUGCAUCGAGAUCCUGAUCUUCAUCCAGGCGUUCUCAUUGCUGCUGUCAGCAGUCCUGUAUGGUGCCAGCUCAGAAAACUAUGUGGCAGUGAUGGUGUUCUCCCUGCUUUUGGGGUGGGUGAACACCCUCUAUUACACCCGGGGCUUCCAGCGCACUGGGAUCUACAGUGUCAUGAUACAGAAGACCAUCAUGAGGGAUCUGCUGCGUUUCCUCUUGGUUUACAUGAUCUUCCUCUUCGGCUUUGCUGCGGCUCUGGUCACUCUGAUGGGUGACGCUCCCUCAGUCUCCCAGAACAAGUCCCUGGCUCACCUGGAGAGCACUGGGAGCCAUGCCAUGUACGGGGGGCUGCUCAGCGUCUCCCUGGAGCUCUUCAAGAUCACCAUUGGGAUGGGUGACCUGGAUUUCCACGAACAUGCCAGAUUCAGAUAUUUUGUCAUGCUCCUGCUGCUGCUCUUUGUGAUCCUCACUUACAUCCUUCUGCUCAACAUGCUGAUCGCCCUCAUGAGCGAGACAGUCACAGACAUUUCUGGUUACAGCAAGAGCGUCUGGAAGCUGCAGAGGGCUAUUGCUAUUCUAGAAAUAGAGAAGGCCUGGCUGUGGCGCCAGGGUGGGAAGAGGAGAUCUGGCUGCUUCAUGUCAGUGGGGCUCAAUAAGAAAGAUGAGAGGUGGUGUUUCAGAGUAGAGGAAAUUAAAUGGACAGAUUGGGCAAAGGAUGUGGGAGUUCUGAAGGAAGACCCUGGAAACACCAGUGAUUCAGAAAUAAAUCCAGAAGAGACAAGAUCGUGGAAACGGGAACCACAGAAACCUCCGAGAUCAGCUGCCUCCGAGGAGCAGUCACUCCUGCAGCCCCAGCCAUCAGCAACAGAGAUGAUGCCUUUGCAGGGACAAACCAGAGAUCUUUAACAGGUUUUCUGAGUUGCAACCUUGCUCCCAUCUCCAAAGGAGUAGUUCUUCCUAUAGCAGCUGGAAGAAUUGAAGGCAUUAUCGGUAUUAAAGUGCAUUUUGUGGAGGACUGUGGUUCAACCUGUAGCUUUAAAUACUUUUAUGCACUUUAAUCAUUAAUUUCCUUUGAAGAAACUAUUUUUACUCAACUUUCUCUGCCUGACACUUUCUUACUGCUAUGUCUAAAGAUACAAGAGCAAGAGCAAGCUCCUGGGGCAGUGGGGAGUGGUCUCUGGGAAGGCAGUGCUCCCUGAGCUGUACAGGAAUGAUGCUGAUGCAGUGACCUAGAAAAGAGUGGGUCGACUUAUUCUUUUGUCACAAGAGACUGAACUGAAGUGCUUUGGAAUAAAAAAUGUCGUAGAGUCAUAAAAAGUUGCUCAGGGUGGAGUUGGCUUCUGUGCAAAGUGCUGCUGGUGUGAGGCACGAGCGGACAAGUACUCGGUGUGCAGUCAGCAAGAGCUGCUCUGAGUGUCUGUGGCAGCACCUGCAGUGCUCCGUGGUCAGUCCACAUCAGAAUCCCCAUUUUACAGUAUUGGAAUGAAAUCCUUUGCACAAUGUGCACGUUUGCUUAAAAGCACAAAAGCUGAUGUGGAUUUCCCAGACUUUAUGUUCACACGGUGAAUUUUGGAGACAUCUGUCUCUCACAGGUUGCUCUGUCUCUGUAAUAAGCAGCAGCAGAAUCCUGCUCGUGGCUCUGAGAGACUGAUGGGCCAAAACUUACUGUGUGGUUGACACUUCCUGUCAGUCUUGGCAUCCUGUCUUGCUGCAAAUGUUUGCAAGGACCUCAUUGCUUUCUGUGACGUGCACCCUGCCCCAGGCAGGAGGGGCAGCCUAAACUCUGUGGAAAAGAGAUAAAAAUGAGCUGUCUCACUUUUCACUAUAUUUAAAUAUAAUAACGUGAUAUUUCUGUAAACUGUCAAUAUAGCAAGUUUGCUUCAUUGAAAAUAUUCAUCCUUGGAUAUAUUUUUAGUGUUUCAGUCUCUCUCAAAAAGCAGGAGAAGGUUUGAUCAGUGUGGACUCUAAGGCCUUAUCUAAUUCCUGAUGACAUUUCCUCCAGUGCUGUGCUGCCCUCACUGCUGUGCCAGUUAACUUGUUUUUCACAACCUCCUGUCAGUUUGUGCAGCCACAUCUGAGCAUUGAGCAGCUGAUGCUGCACUGGAUGAACCUUCCAUGCAGGGAAUAGUGAUACCCCCAGGACAGCUGCAGACUCUGGGUGUUGGCCUUCCCUUCAGUGAGAUAAACUAUGCAGCUCGAGAUCUCUGCCUCAUUUCUACUCUGAAGGAGGCUUGGAGGCUUGUCUUUUGGAGACAACCAUCCUAAUCCUCACUGCCUGCACGUGACUGGCAGCAGAAGCAUUGCUUUAAAACUUCCUCCUGCAUUUAAAUGGGCUCUUCCCCUGUGCUGGGCAAUUCCCCUGCAGCUUCACCCCAUUGGGGCUCUGAGUGCUAACUGACUUUUCUCUCUCCAGCUCCUGUUGUUUUCUUGCUUUGUGAAGCCUUCAGCUGCUUUUCCCAUCUAUGGCUUUGUCCUAAGUGUUCCCAAGAUUUGGCAAGGUGCUCACACUGCACAAAAGGAUCAUCUGGCAUAUGAUAAAUCUACUGCUGUGCUUGGUGCUUUGCUGUGGUAGGGAGACUUUGAGAAUCUCAGAGAACACAGAAUCAGAUUUGCCAUCCCUGUCUGGAGUCCUGAUAAAUAACAAAAGAGAAAUCUUGCUUCCUGGUAGUUUUGGAAAGCUGUGGGCUGUGACAGCUUGCUUCCAACAUAACCUGCCUCUUCAGCCAUUCCCUCAACCUCCUUCUCUUUACAUCCCUUCCUUAAGCUUGCAGUGCACCUUUGUCUUCUGAUCUGCAUCAAGAAUGUUCUGCUGUGAAACAGGGCUUGGCAUUCCCUGUGCUCCCCAAUCCCACCACAGCCCACCAGUCCCAGGCCUCCUGAGCUCAUGGAUGAAGGAUGGUGAGCAGGGAGAGGCCUGUGCAGCAAACAGACAUGUCCAGUUGGUGGGAGGCUGCUGUCCAGCUCUUUGAUGUGCUGUGGAAAAAAGGGGAUUUUUGAGGAGUUGCCACCUCUCUGCAGUGAGGAUGAGUCAGCACUGGGGAGAUGAUCAUCAGUAGCCUCCCAGUGCACGAGGCUCCCCUUUGGUUUCACCAGCUGAACCACUUCCCGGUCUGGUCCCGUUACAGACAGGAAGGCUGGCUGGGAUUGGUUUCGUGGGAUGUCUGCAGUUCCUGGCAAGAGGAAGGCCUUACAAGCUGGGUCAUAGCUUUGAAGGCCCAGCAGGAUUUUGGGAUCCACACUUAAUAGAUCAUAAUAUUUUGUCAGGAAACACUUUGGUCAUUUACACAAGAAAUCAUGAACAGAUGAACUGUCCUCUCCCUUCUACCUCUUGUGACGGGAGAAUCCACCUGCAUGUGAACCCCUUCCUGGGCAGAUGGGGAGGGUUUGCAGGGCUCUGGCAAAGCAGGAACCUUUCACAGUUACCAGUGAAGGAACAGCUGCAGUUUCUCUCCUCUGUCUGCUCUGUGCGUGUGAGCCACAGAGACUCUGCAGGCCCAGCCUUGCCAUGAAGGAAAGGCACCAGCAGGGUUAGGGAUUCUCCAACCCUCUCCUGUGUGCUUUGGUCAGAUUUGCUUGGCUCCUGGCAGGGUGGGAUAGGAAUGUGGACCUUUGGCUUCCAAACUUCACAUGGGCACUCUUUGCCUGCCCACUGCUCCCUGUGCCUUCUCCAGAGGCUCCAAGUGCUUCCCACCUCACAGUGAUCGACCUCACAGCUUAUCUGUGCAAUUUUCUUCAAAGAAACUUCAUGUCUGGUUUGUGUGGCUCCUAAUCCCCCACGGGGCCAUUUUCCUCAGGGGCAGAGGUGAAGUCAAGACUCUCCCGUUCCUCGGAUGUUUUGCACAUUUUAUUUUGCUGUUGGAUUUCCCCCCCCCCUGUUUUUCCAAAGCCUGCUCUGAAGCUGGAGCCAGCAAGGGGAGGUGUAUCUGUGCCUCAGUUGAUUCCCUCUCUCUUCAUCUCUUCAUGACCCCACUUGCAACUGAACAUACUUUCCAUUGCCUCUGGAGCUCGCAAAGGGAGCCUUGGAAAUGUGACAGCCAAGGGCCCCGACAAAGAACAGAUGCUUUCUGUAAGUCCCACAAGCUGCACAGGGUCUGAAGGGCUGCAGCUGGUGCAUUUUGCAACUGGAUUCUUCCUGGGGCUGCCUCUCACUUUUGGGCUUUAAAAAAUUUCAUUAUUUGUUGCUCUGGGACUAAAACAAAAAUAAAGUUGGGGGGAAAGACAUUUUAAAAGAAAACUUCUGCUUUGCAACCUCACAUCUGCUUCAGCAGCACAAAAAAAAAGUGGGGCCUGGCAGGAGCAGGCAAAGGCUCAGAAAGAUGUGGCUGUGGCUGGCACAGAACUGUUACUAAAUCUGAGUGCAAAGGGUGGUUUUUUUGCUUCCUCUUCUAACAUAAUCUUAUUUUUUCAGUUCAGAUUUGUGAGAUGUGGAGUGUUACAGCAUUUCUGGACUGUGAGGAUGGUUGUUAAAUGCUAACACAGGGAGUCCUUAGAGGAUGAGAGUUGGAGGUAGCUGAAAAGUGUCCAUGUGAUUUGUUGCACUCUUUUCUGAGAAUUCUUGGAAAAUUUAGACUGUCUGGGUAAAGAGAGCCACGUCUCUAUUCCACUGGGAGGAAGAUCCAUCUCCAGUUGACAGCUUUGGUUUUGCUGGUGCUCACAUCCCCAACACACAAGUCAGGGACUCAGUCAUGUUGCAAAUAAAAUAAUUUUGCUCUUUUGGAGUCCUCUGGCAUAAAACCUUGGUCCAUCCAGGACAGGAAUGAUCCCUGUCCUUUGUCAGGAGAGGGAAGCAGUGGCUGCUGAGGGGCCUGGUGACCAUUCAGCAGCUUUGGCUGCAAGGACAACACUGAUCCAGUUCUGCUAAAAACCUCCUGCAGUGAGCUGGGGGCUGCAGCUGCUGCUCUGGUGCUGGGCAGGCACCUGGUGUGUCUCCAGGGUCCUGCAGGAGCUGGUGGAACCACUCCAGAGUCCAGGAGAGGCUGCAGGAGUUGUAAGCCAGGUAACACUGCCCUGUGCCAACCUGCUCUGCAGUGCCAGAGGCAACUGCCCUCCGUUCCUCCCUUCCAGCCUGCAGUGUGUUGCCUCUGCAGCAGGUACCUGAAGGAAUCAUGAAACUUGGAAAAAGACUGGGAAAAAAUUUCCCUGACUGGGGUGUGGUGUAUUUAUGUUCUGUUCUCAUGGUUCAUGGGGAGGGAGGUCGUCAGCUUUGUUGUUCUUUUUCCACUGUCAAACUGUUGAAUAACGAUUUCGUUGCUGCUAAACUGGUUACAGGAUCUGUCCCUGAGGAUGGCUGUAAUAAAAUAAAUAAUAGGAAAUGAUCCACA